GUGAUAUCAAAACAUCAGAAGUACUCAAUUCUCAAAGAAGAUGCAGUCGCACGUCGUUCAUUUGCGACCAUCUGGUCGGGCUGCGUCGACGUGGCGCUCAGCUUGUCUUCGGAGACUUCGCAACUGCACGCUGGAAUGCCAAACCGAGAAAACUUUCGAG